UGCUGUGUCAAUUGCUAAUUUGUCUGCAAAGAAAUUAGUACCGUAUUUUCCAUCUUUCUUUUUAGAUUAAAAUAAUUUGGAAUAAUAAAACAACAUUUCAUUGAUAUUUUUCAUAGAUUUUAUACAUUUUUAAAGUAUUGUUUUGGGCAGAAUGACCAAGAACCAACACUGAAAGGGCGUUGUUUGUACUUGGUAGUUGUACACAUCGCCGUUGAACUCCUAUGUUCGUCCAUCACUUUUCACUUCAGUAUUGUGUGAGUUUCUUGUGUGGAAGGUGUUGUGUUGUGUUCUGAAGAUCUGUGUGGCAGAGUGUGGAUUUCACUGUAACUUCGGUGGCUGACUAUUUGGUCCCACCUGACGCGAGGGAUUGGAGAGGAUACAGCUGCUAGCGAACGGUUGGUAUUGAUCCGAACAUCCUGGUUCAAUAGUAUAUGAAGUUGAUUGAUACAUUCGACACCAGUAAGACGAAUGAUACGGACAUCAUAUUAUACUGAUUUGGAGGAUUGCGUUGAAAAGUUUGAGGGGAGUGAGUGAGUGAGCUGCGCAGGCGCAGUAGAAUGACGGACACGAGCCAAUCAGAGGCGCCACCGCCGCAGACCAAUGGCAUCUCUGACAACGGUGUCUACGACGAUGACGAAAAGACCAAGAUGCGUCCCGCCGACAUCGACGCUGAUAUGCGGGAAAUGGAGAGGAGAAAACGUGUGGAGAUGAUAAUGAACAGCCGCCUGUUCCGGGAGGAGCUGGAGCGCAUCAUUGAGGUGCAGAUGAAGGAUGGCAGUGGCCCGGCCGGCCUCCUGCAGCAGAUAUCCGACAUGAUGGGCAUCCAGGGCGGCCGGCUGCACACCACCAACAUGUUCAAAAGUUCUAAUUGUGUGGUGCCAAUAAACGACAUUCGUGGUGUUGAAAGUAUGGGCUACGCUAAAGGCGAGAAAAUUCUGAGGUGUAAACUUGCAGCCGUCUACAGGCUGAUUGAUCUCCAUGGUUGGGCUCAAAGCAUCUACAACCACAUCACCGCUCGACUGAACCAGGACGAGGAACAUUUCCUGGUGAACCCGUGGGGCAUGCUGUACCACGAGAUGACGGCGUCGAGUCUGGUGAAGGUGGACAUGCAGGGCGCGGUGGUGGAGGCGGGCACCACCAACUUCUCGGUUAAUGUGGCCGGCUUCCAGCUGCACGCCGCCAUUCACGCCGCCCGGCCCGACCUCAAGUGCAUCAUCCACAUUCACACGCCGCCUGUGCUCGCUGUUUCCUCAUUGAAAUGCGGUCUACUGCCUCUGUGCCAGGAGUCGAUAGUGAUAGGAGAAGUGAGCCAGCACUCCUACUUGGGAGCCAUCUCUGAGCCCGAGGAAAAAGACAAACUAGCGCGCAACCUAGGACCUGUCAACAAGGUUAUGUUUUUGACGAAUCACGGUGCUGUCUGCUGUGGUGAAACAAUCGAAGAAGCUUUUUUCAAUGUCUACAAUACCGUUCUCGCUUGUGAAACUCAGAUGAAACUGAUGCCAUUGGGCGUGGACAAUCUGAUAAUGGUGCCAGACGAGGCGCGCAAACAGAUCUACGACUCGGCGCGCCACGCACCCGACGGCACGGCGCCCGCACCCGCCUCCACCGCCGUCGGCGCCAAGGAGAAGCGCUGGCGCAUCGGCGGUCUCGAGUUCGAGGCUCUCAUGCGCAUGCUCGACAACGCUGGUUUCCGAACUGGUUACAUCUACAGACAACCGCUCGUGAAAGGCGAACCUCCCCGACCAAGGAACGAUGUCGAAGUUCCUCCCGCCGUCUCGUCGCUUGGUUACCUACUUGAAGAGGAGGAAAUGUACAAGCAAGGACAAUGGAAGAAAUACAUGGAUGGCCGAAAGAGCAGUGACCGCACCCGGUGGCUCAACUCGCCCAACGUCUACCAGAAAGUAGAAAUUCUCGAGACAGGAACACCCGAUCCCAAAAAGAUCACCAAGUGGGUGGAUGCAAAUGCUGAUGAGUGGGUCGCCGAGGGUUCACCGACGCACAGUUCGACGCCGGUCAAGAUCGACGCGGCGCUCCAGUUCGUGCCCAAGAACACCAACCCCAAGGAGUUCAAGAGGCUACAGCAACAGAUCAAAGAAAACAGACGUGCUGAUAAAAUAACGUCCGGACCUCAAUCACACAUCUUGGAAGGAGUCUCGUGGGAGGAAGCAAAGAAACUUCAGGACGCGAACAUGAGCCAGACCGGCGACCAGGUGAUUCUUGUGGGCGCCGCCUCGAAGGGCAUCAUCCAGCGCGGCUUCCAGCACAACGCCACCGUCUACAAGGCGCCCUACGCCAAGAACCCCUUCGACGCCGUCAGCGACGCCGAACUCGAACAGUACAAGAAAACUGUCACCAAGAAGCAACGAGGGGAAUCGUCUUAUGAUGAGGACCAGAGCGAAUCCGAGGCACUUUCAUCCUCCGCUGCCCUCCCCCCCACCGGCAUCAAGUCACCCGCCAGCGAAACUGAAGAAGAGAGCAGAGAUGAACCACGAGUCCUCCGGAUAGAAACGAAAACCGUUCCAAGCCGAAGUCAAGCCGAAGUUGUUCUCAGUGAUGAAGACUCAGAUGCUUUUGAAAGAUCGUAUUCACUGCGUUCUCCUAAUCAAGCUCGUGAGGCUUCUGAAGCUUUCAUUCGCUCUCAAUCACUCAAUCACAGGAAGAAUUACAACAAAAAAGGAGAAACUACAUAUAACGGCGACCAGUCGGACGCUCUUCAGAGCACAUUCUCACACAGCAGUAAAGAAGGUUCACCGACCAAGGAUGUUUCAACAGAAGAUUCGCCUAAAAAAGAUAAGAAGAAGAAGAAGGGCCUGAGAACACCAUCGUUCCUCAAGAAGAAGAAAGAGAAGAAGAAGAUUGCCGAGGCGUAGGUACUGCUCUGAUAAUGCCGCCGCCUUCGGUGUCCUCUUUCACCGAAUAUAUCAGCCUGGAGGGAGGUGAGGUGAGGUGAGGUAGAGAGGCGUUGCUAGGAGCGUACUGCGACCACUGCCAAUCAUCAUCACCAUCAUCAUCAUCAUCAGUUCAUCAUUCACCGCCAGUGUACCGCUGAAGGGCCUUGCCCCUCCCCGCCCCGCCACGCCCGCACACUUUCUGUUCAGCUGUGUCGAACAUGCAUUUCUCUUAUAUCUCUCUCUCUCUUCAUUCGACGCUAGCCACAGCGUGUCAAGUUUUCGCCAUUGCCACACGUAGACUAAUAACAAUAAUAAUGAUAUUAUUAUUACAUUGUCAAAAGCUUCUUAAUAUAUUCAGAUUAUCAAACAUUUUUUGUGUACAGUGUGAGAGUAGCCAUGGAACGGUGUGGAUAAUGUAAGAGGAACCUUCAAGUCAAUGACUAAGUACACCUCUUUUAAUGAUAAAUAUUAACGCGAAUACAAAAUUAGUUGUUUGAGAGAAACAUUGAGUAAAUGACUGAGUGUGAUAAAUCGUGUAAUAUAAUGACAGUAAUUGAUAGAGUAUUUUGCAAUGUUACGACGUAUGAAAUCAGUUGAAUUUAGAUUGAAAAUUCUAUUUUAAAGAAAUAACGCUUGUCUAUUGAUUAUUUUCUGAUUCUGACAAAGUAUUCUUCUAUUUGUUUCUAUUAUUAUUAUUACUAGUUUUGAAAUGUUACUAUUGUAAUGAUUGUUUCUAUUUUUAAUAUGUUUUAAAUUAGGUAGUUUUCACAAUUGAUAUAAUAGGAGUAUUGGAUCAGAAUAAUUAUGUUUAAUGAUAAUGCGUGAUAUUUCCAGUGUCUAGAGAUCUAGAGGAUAUGUUAAGCAUAAACAGCGCAUUGAUUCCAAUAUAUUGGGAAUUUGAUACAUUUGUGUAUUCUCUGUUUACAUUCAACUGCAUCGAUAGCAGCUUAUUGCAGAUUUGCCAAGCCAACAUGCUUGCUGAGCAAUAUCAGACCUGACCGCUUCCAAAGCUGAUCGGUCCAACUUUUUAAUUGACUUUUACUACUUAGCACUUUGUAUUAAAUACUGUAGUCCUUUUUGCAACACUUUAAUGUGGUAAUAAAUUUGAACGUUAAAAUGUGCUCGACAAAAAACUAAGAAACACUUGAAUUGUGCUUUUUAAGUAAGUGAAUUUUAUAGUGUUCACAACAUUGUUAUAUUCUAGAACAUUACCAUUUUUCAAACAAGGUUAUUAUUUAUUGCUAAUAACUUCAUCUACUCAACUGAUAAAUAUGACAUAAAUAAAAAAAUCAAUGAUUUUUAAAGAAAUUGUUAACAAAGAAAAGUUUGCAAAUUGUAUUUGAAUUUAAAAAAGCUUUAUUGUAUGUACGAAAUUUAUAAAAUUCUUCUAUAUAGAUUAAUAUAAAACUUAAUAUUGUAGAUCAAAGUCCUUAGGAUUCUAUUUUCUGUAUGUAUGAUUGAAAGUUGAGUAUGAUACUGUGAGGCGAAUAUAAUUUUUGCUUUU